AUGGGGUUCUUGGGCGUGUACCGGGCCAUUUACGACUAUGCUCCCCAGGCCGAGGGUGAGCUUGCCAUCGAUGAGGGCGACUUGUUGUACAUUCUCGACAACAAUGGCGAUGAUGGCUGGUGGAGGGCCAAGAAGAAAGCUGGCGUUGAAAAUGAUGAAGAACCAGAGGGUCUUGUGCCCAACAACUAUGUUGAACCCGCGCCAGCUCAGAGUCAAGCCCGUGCCGUCUUCGACUACACGCGUCAAACUGACGAGGAGCUGUCCUUUCCUGAGGAUGCUAUCCUCGAAGUUUUCGACACCUCAGACCCAGAUUGGAUCCUUGCUGGUCUCGAUGACGAAUAUGGCUUCGUGCCUGCCAACUAUAUCGCUGUUCAGGAGCCGACUGCAAGCAGUAAGGCCCUACCACACGCCAAGUCCCCAGCGCUACCAGCAAGGUCGCGAUCGGGGGUCGUUGAACAGGAACACGAAUCAAGAAUGGACAUGCCAUCGUCGUCAACAAACCUCGCGCUCACAUUGACCGAUGUCGUACAAGGUCAAAAGUCUCGUGUCGGGGAUCCUCCAUCGUCAAGUCUUCCCCAACCUCCUCGAGAGACUGUGCAUAGUGAACCCCAGGCAUCGGAUGAGGAUGAAAACUACCAGACUCCUCAUUCCCCCGCGCUCCCCUCUCGGCCUAGGCCUAGCCAACACGUUGACCCUAGAUCGUACCAGGAUGUGCCCUCCCGAACGCCCAUGGUUUCCUUCAGCGAACCCUCAGGAUGCGAAGACCCUGACCGAACUCCUGGUUCCUUUCACAUGUACAAUAUCAACGAAAUGGUGUCUGUCAUGGGUAAAAAGAAGAAAAUGCCGACGACUCUUGGUAUCAACCUCAAAACUGGUAUCAUCCUCAUCGCACCAGAGCGCGCACAGGACGAUCCGGCUCAGGAGUGGACGGCCGACAAGAUGACGCACUACUCCCGUGAAGGCAAACACGUCUUUAUGGAGUUGAUUCAGCCCAGCAGGAGCAUCGAUUUUCAUGCAGGUGCCAAAGAUACGGCGGAAGAAAUAGUUGGGUCUUUAAGCGAGUUGGCUGGUGCCAUCCGCGCCGAGGGCUUGCGAGAAGUCAUAAUGGCUGGAUCGCAACGCAGCCAACGCAAAGGGAAGAUCUUGUACGAUUUCAUGGCUCAAGGCGACGACGAGGUCACCGUCGCUGCAGGCGAUGAUGUCAGCAUUCUCGACGAUUCUACAAGUGAGGAGUGGUGGCAGGUUCGCCGCCUUAAAAAUGGCAAUCAGGGCGUUGUUCCCAGCUCCUACAUCGAAAUCACAGGAUCAAUCACCCCCAUCGUGGCAACCUAUUCAGAUGUAGAUUCAGCCAAGGCCACCGUCGAACAGAACCGCCUUGAGGAGAUCCGGCUGACCAAAGAAGCCAUUAGAGCGAGCAAGCAGCCUCAACAGGUAGGGAUGGGAAUGAAUCUUCCCGAAAGAGGGAGCAGCCUUGUGGCCAAGGAACAUAGUAAUAAUUUGGGACAACAGCGAAGCCGGCAUGAAACUGGCCGAACCGAUGGCGAUGAGCAUCCAAAGGCCAAGUCAAAACCGGAGUUAACCAAGGUGAGAGCCUGGACAGAUCGGUCUGGCUCCUUCACUGUCGAGGCACAGUUUCUCGGCCUCAAGGACGGCAAAAUUCAUCUACACAAGAUGAACGGUGUCAAGAUUGCUGUACCAAUCACCAAGAUGUCGCGCGCCGAUCUUGGGUAUGUCGAGAGUGCGACAGGCAUCAGUCUCGACGAUGACAGGCCCCUGGCGGACGUCAAGACGGCCAAGUCGGCAGAGAAAAACCGUCUGUCCGAGGUCGGAGCAACUGUUGGGAAGAGCGAAAAUAUUGACUAUGACUGGUUUGAGUUUUUCCUGGCGUGCGAGGUUGCGGUUGGGCUUUGCGAACGGUAUGCCCAGGCCUUCGCCCGGGAUUCGAUGGAUGAGAGUGUGCUGCCUGACGUCAACGCGACAAUACUUCGAACGUUGGGUCUUCGCGAAGGCGACAUUAUUAAGGUCAUGCGCAAGCUGGAUGCCAAGUAUGGCCGCGACCGGGGGAAGCUUGAGUCGAACGAAGAGACAACCGGGGGCCUUUUCUCUGGACCUGGAGGAGCCCUUCGUAACAAUACACGGAAGGGUCGACCGACACGAGCCAUGCAGACAAGCGACGUUGUCAGUACCGCCAUCAUUUCCGGGAAUAACACCUCGGAUGGUGUCAAGUCUUUCUCAGGGGCGAGUUCAAAGUCAUCCAACACUACAUCCACUGGGUUCGAUGACGAUGCUUGGGAUGUAAAGGCGGACUUGACCAAACAGCAAGUGACGGCAAAUGGAAAGCAACCCAGCUCGGUGGCAAAAACGCAGUCGACUCCGGAGCCAGCCGUGACCGCCGAGUUGACAGGUUCUAUGAAGGAACUGUCUCUACUCUCCCGCCCACUUCAACCAACCCAAAUCGAGCCCCCACCAACGAUAGCGAAAAUGACCAACACACUAGAGCUUCAAGAUCACACUCAACAACUCACUGGCGCAAGCCCGUCCUUCUUUUCCACCGUCCCCAAACCUGCCCAAUCGCCAUCGUCACCAAAAGCUCUUGCCCGACACCGACCGGCACCCCCUUCAAUGUCAUCGACGGAAAGCUCUCUGAUACCGCCGCCGCCUCAACGUCCCUUGUCGGCUCCUCAGGCAGCACAGUUAUCCGUACCGUCAUCUUCCAUGAUGCCUCAAAUGACCGGUCCUAUUCAAUCGCAGGCGGCAUCUCCAGGUUCCAAUCUCAACAAUUUAGCUCAAGUCAGGCUAGUACAACAGUAUUCGGAACAGCUCCAGCCCGCAUCGACCGUCUACUUAAGUUUCCAGGAUCAAGGCCUAGCUUCAUAUUCAUCAGGAGCCACGAACCAGCAGCAAUAUAUGCAGCCAAUGAUGACAGGGGUUCCAGGUUCAAGCCCUUUCCCGGAUUCGGGCCGUCCAUUGCAACCUCAAAUUCUGGCUCAACCCAGCGGCCUCCCAUCUCCAUUUCCUCCCAGCGUAAUGCCCUACUCCUCCGGGUCAGGCGCAUUAGGCGGAGUUAAUAGCAUACUACCUUCGCCCCUAGAGCCUCAGAGACCGGGUGGGGUAAGUCUACAGCUGCAGCAGAUGGACGCUCUUGGUUCCCUGGGUGGCGGCUUUACCCAACCGAUUCAGCCUCAACAGACGGGGCCGCCCCCUCCAGUCCGAUUUGGUGUGGUGAAAGCGGAAGCCCAGAGGCUGACUCCUCAGCAAACUGGGCGGCGAGCAAAUCUGGCUCAAGCAACGCCCCAGAAUCCUUUCGGGUUUUAA